AAAAAAAGAAGGAACGAGCGAAAAUUAAAAUGUUAAAAAAGUACGUGAUUUUCUCAAAACCAUACAUCCUGAUUGAGGACAUUAAAGGAAAGCACCAGCCGUUCUAUAAGGAAUACGAGGACGGGAAGAUACCGUGCAUAGACCUGCACUCGCCUGUGCUGUGCUGUCCGUUCCUGAAGAACAAGCGGUUUAAGAGCACGAAGCGGCGCAAAGAACGAAAAGGGGGUUUCUGCGAAAUAUGCUAUCAGAAGUACGCGAGCUACGAUACGCAUGUCAGGGAGCGCACCCACCGCGAAUUUGCACUUGAUUCGAGGAAUUAUAAGGAUAUAGACGAUAUCAUAGACUCCUUUGCCAUCUCUAAUUUUGAUCCUGAUCUCUACUGCCCCGUUUCACCACUGUCCAGGAAGAGUGCGAGCCUGCCGAUCGAUUUGGAUGAGAGGGGCGAGCUGAUGGACUGGGAGGCCGGAAAGAUGCUGGAUACAAUUGUGUUUACGGAUGCGGGAGGAUCUGAGGAUGAGAAGGACAGACUGUGUAAAGCGGUAUACAAGGUUGAAAAUUUUAUUAACGAAUAUUUGAAUGAGUAGGGCGCGUAGCGGUAGAAAAGGAAGUAAAGUAUGUGCAAAAUUACGAGUUGCUGCCAGAUUGGCACUUUUACAGUUUUACGUGUUUUAGGCAGUUUUUCCGUUUUAUAUGUUUUUGCACGUGGCGCGGUAGCACGCCUGGUGAACAAAAAUACGUUUGCAAUGCGG